UCAGUGGGAGGUGGGCUCCGUGCUUGUUGUGGACAAGCACUGGUACCUGGAGCACAGCUCAGAUCCAUGCAGUGCUUGGGCAUGGAGCUCAGGCCAGGCAUGCUGUGCUGCUCACCCUGAGGUGCUGGGCUGUGAGUGCACGCACUGCUCCUGCUGGCACUGGGUGCAGCGUGUUUCCAAAGUCACUUAUGUGUUUGUUUUCUGUACUGCUUUUAGUAACUUGUAAAAUGCUUGGGGCCAAUACUUUGUUCGAGCACUGUCGUGUUGGAUAAGCUCAGUGUUAGUGCUGCUAUCAGCUGGACACACACUGCAGUGUGUGAGCAGGACUCGCUGCUUCAGGCAUCAGGUUUUAAUGGGGUCUGCUCACAGCCACAUCCUUAAAGGGAUGUGAGGGUCCCCCAGAAGUGCGCUGCAGAGUAGGGAUGUGGGUACCUCAAUCUUACAAUUAAUACCUAAAGAAACUCUUAAACAAACAGAAGUGGGAAGGAAGAAUGCAUAUAAAACUUUAUGGAGUGCGGAGGGAACCCAGCUGUAGGAGGAACAGUUUUGGGGUGUGUGUAUGUGUUUGCAGAAGGCUCAGUGUCCAGCACAGUGUAGCCACAUCACCCCCAAGCUGUGUGAAGGCACUGAGUCCCCAUCCUCUGCUGCUGCCCUGGGACCAUGGGGUUUUUGUAGGUUGUUUUUUGUGGGGGAGGGAUGGGGACAGUCAGGGAAUGCUGCUAUAAAUCAGCACUGAAGGGGUCAGAGCCUUUCUGACCCACACAGAGCGAGUUGGUGUGGGGAGUACAUUUAGGAGAGAUUUUUCUCUCUUACUUUCUCCAAAAGAAACAAAUGAAGCCCAUUAAUAUGUUCUGUUGCUGGAUCCCAUGUUGCCUGGAGAAUGUGGCAAGGUUUAACCUCAGGAGCUGGCUCUGACAGUCUGCUGGAGCCAUCUGAUACACUGCUUGCUUGGAAUAUUCCAGCCCUGACAACAGCACUGUCAUGCUAAAGACCAAGAUCCUGGAGCUGGGCUGCAUUAGUUCAUGUUUUUGAAGGGUUGAUCCAGAAGCUGUUACUCAAAUGGUGGACGCGAGUUUUGUGUGGCUGCUUUUUGUUUGCUUGCUUUUAAAGACUUCUAAUGGCCUCUUUUGGUGUAUAGACUUGAGAGUAGAAAGGGAAGCCUGAGUUUGCUCAGAAACAGCAGGAGGAAGAAACAAGUGGCAUGGAAAUAGAAGAGGCAGAAUUUUUGCACAUGAUUAAAUGAAGCUUUGUAACAGAACUUGGCAUCAGAUAAGGGAUCCCAUACAUGGAGCAAUGAUGUAUGGGGAGAAGAAGAGCAGGAUUUGGCAAAGGGCAGCCCAAGGUGGGACUCCCACUGUGCUGGCUGCAUCAGAUCCAGCUCUUUUCUACCAAGAGAUGUGGACCCAGAAUAUAUUUUUAAGCUGCUUUUGUGGUAAUGAUACAACAGGAAAGAGUGCCAGCAUUUGUGAGGAUCAGAAGUAUAUCUGGAAGGGAAAAUGUUAUAUUGAAAUCUAAACAAUCUGAGGUUGUUAUCUUUGCAAAAUAAACAUUCUCAUGCUUCCGACUUUAUUUUCCAUGCUUACAAAGUGCACUGUGGAUGCUGGAUGAAGGGCGGAGCAAGAGCUUUAAGCGGCCAUUUGCACACAGAACAACCAGCAGCAACUCCUAGCUGAGUGUGUGCUGUCACGUAUGGUUGGUAAAACACUUAAUGGAUUUGGGUAAAGGGGAGUGCUGACAGUUCACGUCACUCAUCCAAGAGCCAGUCGUCCUCCAGAGCUGUGGCAUGUAAGAGGAAGGCUGGCUGCAUUUUGUUUGCUUUGCAGCAGGGCAUGUAUCUUUUGCAUUUGCACAUCCAGCUGAUGUUUGGUUUGAAGAAAGGAUGGGGUUCUAAGGAUGUGUGUUUAAUGCCCCUUGAGCAGAGCUGCUGUCUCCCAGCAUUGGUUGUGGUACGUUUGAACAGAGUGCAAAUUAUUUUUGUCUUAAAGCUAAUUAGUUAAGUCUUUUAUGUUUUCAGCCCCUGAACUAUCAUGGAUAUUAUUGCUGCAAAGGCAAUCACUCGGCUUGCCCCCAGCCACCACCAUGGUUGAAUACCCCUACUAUAUGAGGGGCAUUUUGUGGCUGGCACGUGCAGCCUGACUGAGGAGCACAGUGCCCAUCUCAACAGUGGAUGUGCUGCUGCUGCUGAGAUCACACUCAGAGCACAAAAUGUUUAAGGCUGAUGGAUGAUUUCUUUGCCUCAGUGUUUAUUCUCCUUCAGCCCUCUUGGACAAAGCAGGAACUUCUUGUAGAGGGAGCCUGGGGUCAGGCAGAGCAUGAGAGGUGAGGAGGAAGCAGAUGGAUAAACUCAGAUUUGCGUGGAUGGGAAGUCAGCAUGACUUCUCAGUCUUGCUGAUGUGCUGCCAUUGAUCACGCACUCCCCUAUGGCAGCCUCAGAUCCAAACUUUUCUGUGCCACAUGGAUUUUUCCUGCUGCCCUCCUCCCUCUGAGCAUUGUGUGUUAUCAUCUCAAGGGCUUGGGCAGCAUCUUUCCCUUGCCACUAAUAGUAAGACAGGCUCAGAGAUGCUGGUGUGGAUACUGUGAUGUUGCUCUGCUUUCUGCCUCUGUACAGCCACAUUCCAGACAGGUCUGCCAGCACUAACAGCCUAUUAAUCUCUCAAGUACGAAAGCAAGUACUGGGACUCCAUACAGUGUGUGGGAAUCCCCCUGCCUGCUGAAAAGCACAGAUCCUUGCAUUCAGGCUUGUAUGUGUUUCAUGUACAACGAGGGGUGGAGGUGGGGCAGAAGGGAGCUGUGUCUGGCUGCAUUCUCCUGGCCCAAGUGCUGCUGGAGAAACCUGCGGUGAUAUUUAUGUGCAUUUCCUUUUGCGUCCUUGCUUGCUUUUUUUUUUUUCCUCCUGGUUGUCUUGUUCCUCUCUCCUGAUUUACUGCAUUUGCUCACGUGGCUUUGGAAAGGGGGGUUCUGAAGGCUUUCUGCUUCCAAAAGGAAAAGGAGCUGGCAGGCAUUCAUAUUUCGCUUCUCGAGUUAUUUAGGGUAAAGCCUCCCAGUGGGAAAAGGGGAGAUAUAAGAGAGCAGAGAGCUGGAGGUGAUACUUGCCAGAAGGAGAACAGCAAAGAGGAGCGUGUAACUCUGAAGCUUCAUCCAGACCGAAGUGGGGUUUCAGAGGUGAGCCAUGUGAUAGCAAGGUGCUGAUAGUACAUGAAUCUCCUACAGAACCUCCCUUUCUCCCAGAACCAACAUGCAGGACAACUACUCCAUGGUCAUCACCACCAGGGAAACUCUGCAGAUCCUCCAUACAGCACAAGCAAACUCAUCGGCUGCCUCGCACUCAUCGCUUCCCUGCCCAUUGACCUCUUCCAAUUACCAGUUUGCAUUAAUUCCAGCGUUCUUCUCGGUGGUUUUUGCUCUGGGUUUGGUUGGCAAUAGCGUGGUGGUUGUGGUGCUCUGUCAUCGCAGUAGCCCCAAAACUGUUGCUAAUAUCUACAUUUUCAACUUGGCUAUGGCAGAUCUGCUGUGUCUCGCCACACUCCCCUUUUGGGCUACCUAUUACGCACAGGGGUACAACUGGAUCUUUGGAUCUCUCAUGUGCAAAAUCUCCAGUUCCGUCUUGUGCCUGAACAUGUUUGCAAGCAUAUUUUUCAUUACAUGCAUGAGCGUGGACCGGUACCAUGCCAUUGUCCAUCCCAUCCGCUCCCAAAGAAGAACUCCGCAUCAGGCGUAUUUUAUAGCAUUGGUUGUGUGGGGCCUUGCCUGUCUGUCCUCCCUCCCAACUUUUUAUUUCCGGGACACACACUACAUUAGCAGCAUGGAGGUGAAAGCUUGCAUUAUGGCAUUUCCUCCUGAGAGCUACGCGGAGUGGUCUGUGGGAACAGCCUUCCUGAAAAAUGCGCUUGGCUUCUUCAUGCCCUUGACGGUGAUCACCACGUGCUACGUCUGCAUCAGGAGGCACUUGAUAAAAGCACAGGAAUUUGGCAAGAACAAACAGAAGAGAGACAAAGUCCUAAAGCUGGUGGCUGCUGUUGUUGUGGCCUUCUUAAUUUGCUGGCUUCCAUUCCACGUUUUGACUUUUUUGGAUGCCCUGGCUCAUAUGAAUGUCAUUGAUGACUGUGAUGUGACAGGGAUCAUCGACACGGCGCUGCCAUUUGGUAUCUGCAUGGCUUUUGCUAACAGCUGCAUCAACCCAUUGGUGUACUGCUUUAUUGGGAACCAGUUCCAGGAGAAGCUCCAUCGCUUGUUUAAGCGUCGAGUUUUUUACCAGUUCAACAGCCAACGAGAGAGCUCUUCUUUGAGGAAAGGGAGCUGCUUCCGAGACACCGAGACAGCAGUGGGCAGGGAGAGGGAGCCCGAGUCCUGGCUGUAGGCACUGUGACAUGGGGCUGUGUUGGUGCAGCUUCUGCUGUGGGGAUGCUCCUCUCUCCUGUUCUGUUCAUUCUGCCAUCAUUCAGUCAUUGUCUAUUUGAAGGGGAGUCUUUUUCUCAUCCACGUUUCUAUUCUUCCUUCUUUUCUGCAAUGAGCGCUCAAGUUUUACACAGAGGGGAGAUUCUGGCUGGGAAACUCGAUGGCAUUUAAAGUACCAGUUUAUAUGUGGCUGAGAUCGAGCAAACGCUUCAUACAGCACAAAAAGCAAAACAGACCAAAGAAACCUCGCACUGUAGCUACAACUGCAUGGUACUGAGUAGCAGACCUGGCUAAGCUGAUUUUCUUAAAGAGAUUCUCAUUUGAGAGUGUGUAAAUAAAGCAAUGAAGAUACUUUUGUACCUUUAUGUAAGAAAACAUUAGACUUUUAUUGUAUACAUACGUAUUGUUAUAGAUAAUGUAUGUUAAAUGUAACAGGCUUUCUGCUCCUGCCCAGUAUCCUGAGAACACAUGGAGACACAGAUCUACAGAUUGCUUGAGGUAGGAAAGCAUUCCUAGGAGAAGUACUACCACAUGCACGUUUUUAUGGCUUUCUCAUAGCAGGUUUACAGACAGAUGGUCCUUAGCUCUGCUCCAUUGUACUCAUUUGUGAUGGUAACAGCCUGGGAACUGGAGCUACGUGUGUGGAGCUACGUGCGUAAGUGCCACACACUGCCCAGCAGAUGCAAGGACUUUCUGAUCCUUUGGACUUCUGCAUUUCAGACGUCAACUACUACUGUAAUUUUUAGGUACUGUAAGCAAAAUGUCUGUGACUAUAUCUUAAUACCCGUAGACAAGACCGUGGUGGGACUUCUAAUUCUUAUCCGCAUCUCAGUGCAGGUAUUUGUAAAUAAGAGCAAGGAGAAAAAGAGAGUAUUUGGCAAAUAGGGAUUUUAUUUGGAGGUUGUGUUUGGUUAUUCAAACUUGCUUAUGUAAGGUACUGAUCCUAAGCACCAAUCUGGAUCCUUCUGAAAGGAUCAUGUUUGAUAGGCUCGUUAGAAAAGAAGGAUCUGAUGGCACCAUGAUGGCUUUCCAGCAGGCUGUUCCCAGGCUGAAUGACCCGCAGUGACCAAAAGAUUGCUGGCUUCAGAGAAAUCUGUCCAGCAAGUUACUCUUGAAGCUCAUCUAAGCACUUCUGGGUCCAGAGGUCAGGAAUUAAACAUGCUGGCGGGGUAACUAAGAUUCUGGCCUCUCUGAAAACACAAAGCUGGCUGUUGCCUGGAAGCCAUGGGAACGUGGUGCAAGAGCCAUUCAUUGCUGUUAGGAUGAGGGUCAGUUUCUUCACCGGUGCUCAUGAGAAUGGGACUUUGUGCUGGUGGUGCUGCCCUGCUGUGGUGUUCUGGUGCUGGGGGACGUGCUUGGAGAGGUGCUGGUCCCAGAAGACGGAAGAGGAGCUGCUGAGUUUCCCCUGGAAUGUUCUAGUUGAAAAUGUUCCAAUGAGUUCGUGGCAUCUGCAGCCUCGGAUGUUUCUGGAAGGACAAUGUGUUAAUUGCUCAACAGUCAGCAAAACAACGCAGUCCUGCUACAAAGAAACAAAUCAUUACAUAAAGGAAAUCACCAGGUGUUCAAAGCGUCCGGCUCAGAGCAGUAAUAAGAGGUUAUGGAGCCUCAUUACCUUUGCUGUGUUACGGAUGAGGUCAGUAAUGAGCACAGCUGUGCCACUAAUUGGUGAUCUCUGUAGUCACAAAACAAAACUAACUGCAGUAGUUGACCCCAGUGCUGCCUACCUGCUACCAGGCUAAGGCACGGGGUUAGUAUGUCCCUUUGGACCUGCUCUAAAAGAAUGGCUUUGAAUAGGUCUCGUGCCUUCUGCCUGAUGCACAGGUAGAAAAGUAUGAGAGGAAUCUGAGGUCUUGGCUGUGGUAGCAUUCAUGCCUGCGAGGGGCUGGGAAAGCUUUCCGGAUGAGAGAUCAGCAAAGCAGAAUCUCCCAUUGCUGCAGGCAGAGAUUAGCGAGUGCUUCCUGGGGCUGAGGCGGUGCGGUCAUUGCUAUCUGCUCGGGAAUGAAAUGGAAACGAGAAAGGUUAGGUGGGAGGUGAGGCUGAGAGGGGAGGAAAAUCACUUCUUCCACAAACCCCUACCCAGAAGGUCACCUUCUGUAAGAGUGACAGAGCAGGAGACCUCACUAGCUCGGUGGUGGUAUUUAUUACUUGCCAGAUAUCCCGUGUGUCUCAAACAGGUGGCGAGUUUGAGCACCUUGCUAAAACAAAUAGCACCAAAUGUCUGUCUGCAGAGGAACCCGAGCUGGGAGCAGGGAGGUGCUGUGUCAGAGCACUGCUUUGUUUGCACAGCUACCCGAAUAUGGAGAGCUCUGUGCCUUUCUUACGCUUCAGUUUCUGAUGGCAUUUUUCAGACUUUUUUUCCGUAGCUCCGGUGUGUUGUGUUCAUUUGUUUCAUGUUACUUUAUUUUUCUGAAGAAGAAUGUAGACAAAAAUA